UGGAGAAAUUAAUCACUGUUAUUUUGUUGUUGCUUUGAUUGAUGUAUAUUGUAUAUUUGAGUUUUCAUUGUCGUUCAAACUUUUGUAAGGGGGAGGCGUUGUGUUUAUUACUAUUUGCACUAAAUUGACCUAGAUCAUUAUAGAGAGUCAUGUUUUCUCAUUGACACCUGUGACCUAGAUUGUUCUAGACGUCAUGUUAUUUUUAGUAGAAAGAUUACUUAAUGGUUUCAUCAUGGUUUUUCAAGAUUGUACAAGAAAAUUCAUUCCAAUUAAAAAUGCAAUGAAAUUCUUAUGAUAAAGAAAACUCUGGUUCGACACUUUCUAUGCAUUUGGAUUGUCAUACUGGGAACUACGAUUUUGGAAUUAUUAUUUAUAUGUGUGUAGAUUCUGUUUGGAUUUAUUAUUCAACUACCGUAAAUCAGUACUUUGCUAUUGUUACAAUUAUCUUUCAAUUAUCAAUUGGAAAUAAAUCUUAUUGUUUGAUUGUCUUUUGUUGGUAAAUUCUGCUGCGUUAUAUUAAGGGUUUGUUCUGACCCGUAACAGUACUGAGGACCUAUUCUAACCCGGAUCUGAAUUCUGGUGUUUUUCUACAGGUUGCAAUGCUUCGGGUAUCUUAAUCUCGACUAGUGUCAUAGAGUGCCGCUUAUCCAAUAACACUGGGAGAAGAAGUUAACAAACAACGUGUUUGAAAAAAAGCUAUCGGGGACGGAUAACCUUGCCCGGGAUACCAUUGUAUGAGGAAGACAGCAAUACGAUUAGCUGUCGUUAAUCUUGUUAAUAUCAGAGUGAACUUUAAUGCAGUUUUUGUAUGGAUAUAAUCACCAUUCAAUCCCCCCCCCCCCCCAAAAAAAAACAAAAAAAACAAAACAACAACAACAACAAGUACCUGUUAAUAGUGUUAUCAUGGGACCGUUUUUGGAAUAUCAAACUCUACCAUGGUAAUGUGGAUUGCGAAAUUUUAAGUGGAAUGAAUUUAAAGUGGAUAUUUGUAAACAAAAAUGUAUACGGUAACAACCUUUCGUCACAGUUAGCUCCGUCCUACAAUAGUCAUAUAGCCCCUUUUGUAAAAUCCUUUGUUCAUCUGUGGAGAUCUUUACAAGAGGCAUAUAUAUCUGAACCUUUGAUAGUGUUCAGAAAUUGUCUGUGUUUUUUUAUAUAUACAUGUAUUGUUUGAACAUGAAGAAUUUAUCAAUUCUACUUCCUGGAAUUUCUAGUUUCAUUUCAGAAUAAAUAUGAUAGCUGUAUUUCCGCCGUAUUUGAGACCAAGAGUAUGGCAGAUUGGAAGUACAUGCAUUAUGAUUUAAAAUCCAAUCAAAAUAAUAUACGAAUACAGCCGAGAUACCCAGAUCAAGAACAACCAGGGGCUGAUGCUGAGGAUAUCAGGAAAUCAAGACGGGAAACACUUUUUCGAGAGAAGAAUGGAACAACAUCGAAAUCGACGACAGACGAAUAUUCACAGAUCCAUGGUAGUCCAACGAAAAGAAUUAACAGAUCAUUGGGGCCAUUCACCAGGAGGCUUACUAGUAUAGAUAUUAGGGAAGCCAACGACUCGUUACAAGAGGAAUUCCCGGUUUGGUCAUCACCAUUCAGACACCAUAAGUCUGACGACGAUGGGUUUUCUCUAAAAAAUUUCAAAACACAAUUCGCACCAGUUGAGAUCCCAUCAAAUCGCGUCGAUACGAGGUUGCACGUUGAAAACAAUUGUGUAGAAAACGAUUUCUUUGUCAACCAGAGGGGAGGAAUUGCAUCAAAACUUUAUUAUAGAGAAACUCCAACAUGUUCAAUAGAUAGAGGAAUGACUGCAAAUAUAUCAAGGACAUCUGAUAUAAAACCUAUAGUUAAUAUUGAACAGCUCGUAAAUACAACUCGUAGCAACGAUAACAAGUAUCUGGAACUGUCUGGUACGUUGGCAAAACCUGGCGACGAUCAAACAGAGGACGACGAAGAUGAAUUUUGUUAUGAAACAGAGUACAAACACGCUGAAUAUCGUUCUGAAACAGGAUACGAACAAACUGAAUAUAUGUAUAGAACAGGGUACCUUCAAAAUGAUAUUUAUAGAACAGAAUACGAACAAGAUAGAUAUGUUUAUAGAAUACUUCGCAUUAGAGAAACUUAUACGUGGGGCCUUCGUCCGAAAAACAUCUCUUCAAAUAUUAGCAUAGAGGAACAUGUUGCAGAAGGAAGCAAAGGAAUUGAAUCCCAAUACAUUUCCUGUUGUAAAACGCGAAAUGGCAUUAGAAAACUUGGAGGAAUUACGAACAAAUCCAAUCUGGUACGUGCUGUUGUAAAGAUCAAUAUCACAAAGCUUAGAAAACUAAGGGGUGAGAUUCAAAUCGUAGAUCUGACGGAUACAAGAAUUCGGAGAAAACAUAUUCGUCCUAAUUCUAAAGCAUGGGGUUAUGCAGAAAAGUUUGAGGAAGUGAUUAUAUGUCCCACAUCGCAUAUUCCUCCAGAAUACGUUAAAUAUAUUGGCAAAAUUCACCGUAGAAGAUUUAUACAAAUCAAUCAUGUGUGAUUUUAAAAUACUACACGCAUUGUUGUGAUUUAUUUGAAGCAGGACAUUUUCUAUGUGGAAAUAUCCUUCCGAUGUCUGUAAUGACAUAACCUGUACAUGUAAUAGAUAAAGCAGUUCUUGUGCACUAAUGUUAUAAAAUUGCACAUAUAGAGGUAGUCUCUACACCGUGCGAUUAAACAAUGCAUACACGUGUGUUACUGAACAAAACCUACACCGUGUUAUUCAACAAGGAAUAUACUGUGUGUGAUUAAAUAAUGCCUACACCGUGUAAUUAAAGCAAUGCCUACACUGUGUUAUUGAACAAUGCCUACACCGUGUGUGAACAAACGCCUACAUCGUGUGAUUAAACAAUACCCACAUCGUGUAAUUAAAGAAUGCCUACACCGUGUGUGAACAAUGUCUACACCGUGUGAUUAAACAAUGCCUACACCGUGUAAUUAAACAUUGCCAACACCGUGUGAUUAAAAAAUACCCACAUCGUGUGAUUUAACAAGGCAUCUACUGUGUGUAAUUAAGCAAUGCCUACACUGCAUGAUUGAAGAAUACCCACACCGUGUAAGUAAAUAAUGCCAACACCGUGUGUGAAUAAUGCCUACACCGUGUGAUUGAACAAUGCCAACAUCGUGUAUGACUAAUGCCUACACCGUUUUAUUGAACAACGCAAAGAAAGUACUAAAUUCAAUUAUUCAUUUCAUUAUUCAAAUAUCCUAUUGUUUUCUCAUCUUUUUGUAUUUUCAAGAUCUGUAAUUGGUAACGCUCACUUAUUUUGGUUCCUGUAGUCUAGGCCCGUGGGCCUAAUUGAAUCCGUCUGUCAGCCGAUACCCAAUAGUCAGAAAGACUCUUAAACGUCUGAGGUCAGAAUGUCAAAGGUUACGAUCAUCAUAAGAUUCUGAGUGUAGAAAACUUUUGAAGCAAUAUACAUGUGUUGGAUAUUGUCCAACCAACGGACUUAAUAUUCAGUACUUUUAAGUGGACAAAGAUAGACAGCCACACAGUUAGGAAUCAGGGGCCCGUUUUACAAAACAACUUACGAAAAAGUCGCAAAUCUUAUAUUGUAUUACACAGUUAUCACUUUGAAUGAAUGAAGUAAAACUUUUCUAAGGCUAAUUUUUUAACAUUUUAAAAAAAAUAUUUUGCAUUUGGAGUGAAUGAUCUUACAAUAAACUGGAAAAUUCCAUUAUGUAAAGUUGGUCGCAAGUCGUAAGUUCUUUUGUAAAACGCUACAGACAGAUUCACUGUGACAUUAGGCGUCAAACCUAAGACGUUUGACAUAGGUAGUGCUUGUUUCUUAGCCAAGCGCCCGUUUUUAGAAGUGAAUGUUAAAUGUCUUUUUGAUAUUACCUUUAAAAGAAAAAUACGAACAGUUAUCAACGUUCAUUUCAUUCUUGGAUUUACGUACACCUUGAAUAAUUUCUACUAUCGUACGAUAGAAAUAUGCUAUAACGAAAUAGUACAACGAAAUGAUAUAUCCCGCAAUGAAAUCCAUAGGCUGGUUGAAUGUUUCAUUCUGGAACAUUACUCGAAUUAGCUGCAAUAAUAUAGCCCUAUCCGAUUUUUUUUAAAUUCUGACGUUUUCAGGAUAGGGCUACAAUUCCAUACGAUCUCUGUAAUGGUGCAAAAUAAUUUUACGAAUAACCGACAAUAAGCUCCGUGUAUUAGUCCCAAAUGUUGUUUACACCAACAAGUACCAACUAUGUGCUCGGGCAUGUCUAAUAAAGGUGUUUUCCAUUAAAUAUCAUGUAUAUCAUGCACAAUUCUUCGUCUGCUCCGCCAUGCUUGUUAUCGUGAGAUCUUGUAGGUUGGAUUUACUGAAAAAUGUAAACAUUGAGAAUCAGCGGAAAUUGUAGUUACUCGAGCCAUUCCGAGAAAGGAAGGAAAACCAUAUGGUUGCAGGAAUAUAUUUCACUCUGCUAUUCGUUUUUUAACUUGAUAUUAUAUACAAACCUUUUCGAUACCGACGGUAUCGCUUUCUCCACCGAACUCGUCCAUUAAUUUAAAUACUACCUUACAUGGCAUAUGCAAAUAACUUUACAAUCGGAAGUUGAAAAUUCAGUACAUUAAACACGGCGCACAUAUAAGAAUCGAGAAAUUGGAAUAUAUCAAAAUUGUUGAAAACGGUAGAAUAGAGCCUCAUAAAUCGUACGUUGCAGGUUGCAAAGUUGCAUAGAAUACCAUUUUAUUUACGUAAAAAGUCAACAAAUGUUUAGAAUGAUCGAAAAUGUUGCGGGAGUAAAUCACUGCCGCAGGUGCACCAUUACGGAGAUCAUAAUAAGUUGUAGCUCCCAUCCCCCCCCCCCCCAAAAAAAAAAAUCGGCAAGGGCUACAUUAUUGCAGCUAUAUUCGAAUAUAGGUCUUUAGAGAGUCAAAACAAAAUUGCUCAUGGUGAGUGUGACUGGUUAACAGGGGAUGCUUAUUGCUUGGUACCUGAUCUUACCUUGGUAUGUCCAGGUGUCCGUGUUUGCCCUACUCUUAAUUUUGUAUUUUUUAUUGGAAGUAUGGGAUUGAUCUUCACUUUUCAUUGAAUAAAACAUUUUGACGAACUUGAA